AUGGCUGGUUCUGGGUUGGUGACUUUUGGUCGCAUCGCAUUUUUGUUAACAGGGAAAACGCGUCUUCCCGGAACCUGCAGCCGACAAACGUUCGAACUCACCAUCUCACCGACACUCCCUACCUCAAUAACUAAAUCAGCAGCAGCAGCAACAGCAGAUAUGUCGCACCAUCAACAACAUCAAAGCACCGUCGAGCGGUUAGAUAGGCCGAGCACAUAUUACGACAAAUCGGGUAAACGGACUAGAGACGAUGCUGCGAACAAAGAAGACCCUUUAAAGGAUGCUACGACACUCUACGUUGGUAAUCUAUCAUUCUACACAACGGAAGAGCAAAUCCACGAGCUAUUCUCGAAAUGUGGAGAAAUUAAACGAUUGGUGAUGGGCUUGGACCGCUUUGCAAAGACACCUUGUGGCUUCUGUUUUGUCGAAUACUAUACGCACGAGGACGCGCUAGACUGUAUGAAGUACAUCGGUGGCACGAAACUCGACGAACGAAUCGUACGAACAGAUCUCGACCCUGGCUUUAAGGAAGGCAGACAGUACGGGCGUGGCAAGAGCGGUGGGCAGGUGAGAGACGAGUACAGGGAAGACUAUGACGCGGGGAGAGGUGGGUACGGAAGAAGUCUUCAAGGGGGGAAGGAAAUGGGCUCAGAAUACGAUUAA